GGGUCAGUCUUUGCUGCUGGACUUUUCCAAGAGAAACUGGGUCAGCCUUUCAGUCGUCGGCAAUAAUUCCUAACUCGACCAUGACCUUGACCAAUUUACAACAGGGUUAGUUCGGUUGAAUUGAAUGCAACUCAAAUUAUGUAAACGUUUGUGGUCAAGGAUCUUGAUCUUUACAUAAUUAGAGAUAUCUGUGCUGAGCAAUAGAGCUGGUUUCUUGGUUUUCUCAUUUGCUUUUCCCAUGGUUGGCUUACUCGACUCAAAAGAUAGCAAAGCUCUUAUGGCUCCCAUAUUCCUACUUCUUGGUUUUCUGAUAUGGAGCCUAGAAUUAACAGGUGCACAAUCUGUUGGUGUAUGUUAUGGAAAAAAUGGCAAUAAUCUACCAGCUGAUGGAGAAGUCAUAGAACUAUAUAGAAGCAAUGGCAUUGGAAGAAUGCGGAUAUAUGAACCAGAUCGAUCAAUUCUCGAUGCCCUUAGAGGAUCAAACAUAGAACUCAUCAUUGGCAUAUCUAACAACAACCUUGAAGCCCUCACUGAUGCUGCAGCUGCAACAAAUUGGGUCGAGAAGAACGUCAGAAACUACUGGCCGGAAAUAAAGUUUCGAUACAUUGCUGUUGGGAACGAAGUACAUCCUAAUGAAAAUGAAGCCCAAUUUGUUCUACCUGCCAUGCAAAACAUUCUUAAUGCAACUGCAUCUGCCAAUUUGCAUGACCGAAUAAAGGUGUCAACAGCCAUAGACACAACUUUGCUGGGAAAUUCCUACCCUCCAUCAGUAGGCUCAUUCAGUGACUCUGCAAGUUCAUAUAUAAACCCAAUCAUCAAAUUCCUUGUCAAGAAUGGUGCACCACUUCUAGCCAAUUUGUACCCCUACUUUAGCUAUAUAAAUAACCCUCAAGCCAUCAGCCUUCCAUAUGCCUUAUUUACUUCACAAAGCGUUGUGAUGAUGGAUGGUAAUCAUGGAUACAGGAAUCUCUUUGAUGCAAUGUUGGAUUCUCUGUACUCUGCUCUUGAGAGAGCCGGUGCACCUGAUUUGCAGAUUGUAGUAUCAGAGAGCGGUUGGCCAUCAGAAGGUGGUGCUACAGCUUCAAUUCAAAAUGCUGGCACUUACUACAAGAAUUUGAUUAAUCAUGUGAAGGGUGGGACUCCAAAGAGGCCUGGACAAGCAAUAGAAACAUAUUUGUUCGCCAUGUUUGAUGAAAACCAGAAGAGUGCGGCCACAGCAAUUGAAAGACAUUUUGGUCUCUUCUUACCUGACAAACAACCCAAGUACCAAAUCAGUUUUGGCAAUAGUAUUUUCUGCGUGGGAAGAGGAAUCUUUGUGAGUAUACUAUAGCCACAUAGAUACAUGUUUUCUGUAUACGAGUAUGUGCUAGGUUUUUUUUUUAAAUGAAAAAAAUGAAUUGGUCUUAAGUUUAAAUCCAUGAUGAGUUCUAAACCAUAACAAUGUCAAAACAUCAUAUGUCCAUAUGAUCAUCUCAUAAAAGGAACUUUUAUUUCAAGUUUCCUACGAAGACACUGAACACUUGGUGUUUGUAAAAAUGUCUCUUGCACCGUGAGAGCGUUGAGAGCCUUUUUAUUCAUAUUUAUAGAUAUUAGCUACAAGAUGUAUAAUAGGAAAGGGAGUAUAUUACUGUUCGAAGAUUAUUAUGUACCAGGAAAUAAUCAAUAUUAAUGGAGUAUGAUACAUGUUUAGGAA